AUGUACGAGAUCAGCUCGCGGACUCCAGCAGGCGAUGACGGCAGACGAGAGCAGAGCAAGAGGCUGUGCGGGAUGUACGGCUUGUCGAUGUCAAGGUCGGGCCAGCACGGGGAGCCGCCGACAGUGACGGCGGUGGUCCGAGGACAGGGGGAGCUGAUCGGGCUGCUGAAGGCGGCCGAAUGCGACAUGGACGAGCGGACGGAGGACGGGAGGACAGGGCUGCAUGUAGCGGGGAUGCUGGGGAGGGCGGGGAGCGUGAGGGAGCUGAUAGAGGCAGGAGCAGAGGUAGGAGCGAGGGACAAGGCAGGGAAGACGAUGGUGCACUGGGCAGGGGAGUAUGGGCAUGUGGAGGUGCUGAAGACGGUAGAGGAACAAUGCGGGAAAGAGACUCUGAGGACCUUGAUGAUGGAGAAAGACAUUGACGGCAAGACAUGCGCGCACUAUGCGAGUGCGGAAGGGCACUUGGAGGUAGUGCGGUAUGUUGCAGAGACAUGCGGGGAGGAGGUGCUGAGGGAGAAGACCAAUGACGGCUCGACAUGCGCGCACAGGGCGAGUGCAGGAGGGCACUUGGAGGUAGUGCGGUAUGUUGGGGUGACAUGCGGGGAGGAGCUGCUGAGGGAGAAGGACAAUGAAAGAAGGACAUGUGCGCACUAUGCGAGUGAGGGAGGGCACUUGGAGGUAGUGCGGUAUGCUGGGGAGACCUGCGGGGAGGAGGUGCUGAGGGAGAAGGACAAUGCCGGCGGGACAUGCGCGCACUUGGCAAGUGCAGGAGGGCACUUGGAGGUAGUGCGGUAUGCUGUAGAGACAUGCGGGGAGGAGGAGGUGCUGAGGGAGAAGGACAAUGACGGCAUGACAUGCGCGCACAUGGCGAGUGCUGGAGGGGACUUGGAGGUGCUGCGGUAUGUUGUAGAGACAUGCGGGGAGGGGCUGCUGAGGGAGAAGGACAAUCGCGGCAUGACUGGCUUCACUUUGGCUCGUAACUCAGAUGUCAAGGAUUAUCUUAAAGGUUUAGGUAUCGACUAG